AUGUCCGCACAUGGAAGCGAUCAGCCACCAGUAGCUCUUGAUAGCGUGCUGCAGAUGUGUCAUCGACCACCCUGCCAGGACGUCUUGACACUAUUCUCGGGUGGGGCAGAGGGUGUCGACGCGGAGUUUGAUGAUGCCAUGGCUCGAUUUGCCCCCUCCGGGCAGUGCAUUCAUUGGUCGUAUGCUGGGCAUCGAGGGUUUGCGGCCAGGUCGGGUGGGCGAGUGGACGUGCCAAAUAAGGUUUCGGCAGCUCUAUGUGAUCCACACCUGCGGGACGCCGCAAAACAACUCCACCAAAGCGUGCCCAGGAACUGGCAUGUGUUGAACUUGUUCCGCCGCAACGUCUGUCAGGCACUGUGGGCCGAGGCAAUGUUUGCAAUCACUUGGGAGGAUCUGGAUGCUCGGUAUCCUCUGCGAAUUGGUGGUGGGACAAAGUGGGCUGCUCAAGUCUACGUGAACCGUUUUCAGCCACAUGGUUCCGAGCCUGCCGGGUCCUGCCAGCUGUGGCUCUACGAAGUGAAUACAGCCGUUUGGAAGAAGUGGGAUUGUGGCUGUCAAUGCUGGAAUCUCGUUGAACAGCCGCCCUCGCUUUCCGCAGACAUGAAGUUUGCUGGCAUUGGCACGAAGACGCCCCCAGCGCAUGCUGUUCAAGCAAUACGUGACCUGUUCAGGGAAGUCUGCUGCGUCCAGUUGCAGGACUCAGCCCGCCAGGUGGCUGCAAACUCUGAAGUGCUUGGCGUACGGCAAAAGAGGGCAGACGAUGGAGCAGCGCCUUCCAAACAAAUGGUUCGCCGUUGGCGCCCGAAGCACAGAGAAGCCCGCGCUCCAGCAGAAGUAGAGCAUGUGGAAACAGAGCCAGGCACUCAAUCAGUAUGA